UAUACAGUACCAUUUUACUAUAUAUCAUUAUAAAAAUUUGAUAGCGUUUAUUUCUAACAAUGGUUUUUACGAUGAACGUCGUAAUUCGUGACAUAGAUUGUAGGCACGUAAAGAGAAACCGGUUUUUUAAUGGUUCUCCCACGUGGAAGGCGGUUAGUCGAAGCGGGGAUGAGAGUUACAACGGUACAUACUUUCACAUGAUGUACGUUUCGCAGUUUAAAAGUAAACUCGGUGCGGACUGAACGACUGAAUUAAUUCUAGUCCCGCUUAAAUCAAAAUACCACUACUAUGUCAGACGAAAAGGAGUUUGAAAAAGUGCAGGACAAAAAGAAAACACAAUAUAUCAUAAAAAGGCAAGUCAUGAAUGUGAAGGUGAAGACAGUGCUGAAGAUUAUUUUAUCUUCUAUAGCGGGUCCUCUGAUUCUGUAUGGUAUAUUUUUCAUAUAUUUGCAUUAUCAAACGCAUGUGAGACAUCUAUUCGAGAAAUUUUCUACGACAGUAAAUAAGGAUCAACCAAAGUUCUGGGUCUACGCCAAGAGCAAUGACACCGGUUACCUGAAACAUGUGCAUGCGGUGCUCCAACGACUUGGUUUUCAGGAGGGCAAUAACGAAUCCGAUUGGGAUCUGUUGUGGGCCCACGAUUAUCCAUUUCGCGUGUUGUCCGCGAGCUUGAGUAAAUUGCAACAACAUCAGCGAGUCAAUCACUUCCCCGGUUGUGGCUACAUCACGAACAAAGUAGACUUGUCGACGUCGCGCGGCGGCCGAUACAUCCCGGCAGCAUUCAAAAUGCCAGAGGACCAGCAGGCCUUCCUCGAUUACGCCCGAUCGAAUCCCGCAAAGCAGUUCGUGCAGAAGUCAAACGACCAUCGGGGCAUCCGCAUUCGCGACGGCAGCGAUGCAAAUUUCACCGCCGAUACAUUCAUCCAGGAAUUCAUCGAGCGGCCGUUCCUCGUGGACGGCUACAAGUUCGAUAUUGGCGUGUACACUGUUAUCACGUCUGUGGAUCCGUUGCGGAUGUAUGUUUACAAAGGCGACGUGCUGUUCCGCUUCUGUCCAAUCGAGUACUAUCCGUUCGACCCGGAGGUGCUGGACAAGUAUGUGGUCGGCGAUGAUUACCUGCCGAUUUGGAACGUGCCAUCUUUGAAGAGAUACUACGCCGAACUCGGGUACUCGAUGAAGGACUCAUUUGACGCAUACGUCAGGGAGCGAGGGCAAAAUCCGGCGGAGAUGUGGGACCGGGUGUACGACGCCAUUCGUGAGGUCGCUCUGAUGAAAGAGGCGCAGAUCAGAGAGGUCUCCAAGCGCUUCGGCAAUGGCAGAAAUUUCUUCGAACUUGUGAGAUUCGACCUGGCUCUCGACGAGGACCUGACUGUCUACAUGAUGGAAGCAAACAUGUCGCCGAAUCUGUCUUCCGCGCAUUAUCCUCCGAAUCAGUUACUGUAUGAACAGGUCAUAUUCAAUACAUUCGCGUUGGUCGGUAUCGCCAAGAGGACUAGAAAAGAAUCCUUGAGAAUAAGAGAUAAAAAGGAGGAAGAGAUGGAAAUAGCAAAUAAGAAUAUCGUAGUGCUACCGGAACUCUGUAAGAAAUGUGACAAUGAUUGCUUUCGCGUGGAGUGCCAAUUGUGCCGACCGUGCUUCACAUCGGAAACAAAACUCAUUUUGUCACAGAGUUAUCUUGAGCAUCAGAAUCGGAUGGAUUUUCAAAGAAUUUUCCCACCACCCAUAACAAGAGACAUGAUGCUGAAGAACUACACACUGAGAAAUCAAUUACUCGUCAGAUGGUACCAAGGAAAAUGUGAAUUAGAUAAGACAUGGUGUAGUUAAUUAUACAGUGAAACAAAAAGUAUAUCAAUGAGUCCUGUAAUAUUUAUUUCAGAUAUAUAAAACUGUAUAUAUAUUGUAUAAACAAGUAAAAACGCGUGAAUAUUUAACAAUAUUAGUACUAUUCUAUUUGUAUAUUGUACAUUUGGAAUGUAAGCCAUAAAAAGAUUUAUUGCAAUAAAAUUAUAUGCUAGAA